AUGGAAGGCGGACAACCCAGGGCGGAAGUAGGUCGGAUUCUCAGCGAGGAAGAGCGGUCAAUGCUCAGCUACGCAGAAUCCAACGCGGAACGAACAGAACGAACAGAAUCCCCGCACGGUGACCACAUGGAGGAGACGGUGGACGUACAGGAAGGCGAAGUGGUAGAGGGAACAAGAUCACCAUGCUCGACCGGUGGACAUGGAAGCACACAUGUGGAAACGCGGACUCUCAGCGAGGAAGAACGGUCGACGCUCGGCGAUGCAGAAGCCAACACGGAACCUCAGCAAUUUGAGGCAUCUAGAAGAGAAUCCCCGCACGGCGACCACAGGGAGGAGACAGUGGAGGUACAGAAGGGUGAAGCGGUAGUGGAAACAAGAUCACCAUGCUCGACGGGCGAAUAUGAAAGCACAAUGAGGAUAUUGGAAGGGCAUGAGACACACGAUGACAACAUGGAAGAGACGGUAGACGUACAGGAGGGCGAAGUGGUAGAGGGAACAAGAUCACCAUGCUCGACCGGUGGACAUGAAAGCACACAUGUGGAAACGCGGACUCUCAGCGAGGAAGAGCGGUCAACGCUCGGCGAUGCAGAAGCCAACACGGAACCUCAGCAAUUUGAGGCAUCUAGAAGAGAAUCCCCGCACGGCGACCACAGGGAGGAGACAGUGGAAGUACAGAAGGGUGAAGCGGUAGUGGAAACAAGAUCACCAUGCUCGACGGGCGAACAUGAAAACACACUGAGGAUAUUGGAAGGACGUGAGACACCGACUGGAGUGCGAAGAUUAUCUAGGUCCACGAGCAGACAAAACCACACGUCGGAAAGCGAAAAGUGGCAACCAUAUGAUGGGACACGGCGGCGGUACCAGAUAUUACCUGGGCUACCAAAUUCGCCACCCCACGAUGCUUUGAAGCAGGGAAUGAACGCAGUGUUGCAGCCACUUACUGGCGUUCAAGAUGCAAUGGCAAGGCCUCUCACCACAGUUGACUUUCUCGAGGCACAUCGUCGAGCACGGCCUCAGCCAGAUGUAGAGCGCAGUCGCCUAGGAGCCACAGAAGCGAGAGAUGCUUUGGGCUAUUCAAAUGGACCAACAGAAGUAGCGGAUUCAGAGGGGGAUCAUGAACAGUCUCAAGGGAUUGUACGGCCGGGUGACUCGCCGCGAGUUGAUGAAGGCCUACAGCAAGAACCUGGAGCGGGAGCUACUCCUCACAUUUCACCGUAUGCAAGUGUCGAGGUGGCAGAAGGCCCCAGUCAACCCAAAACAGGCACGCAAGAGGAUAAAAGAAAAAAAGAAUACCAGGCAGAGACAGAAGCUCCAGCCGAAGCAUCAAAAGUGAUGAUAACAUUCCGUGGACGUGAUAAACACGGCGCAUGGGACCGUAUUGUCCAUCGAAUGGUGGUCGACCGAUCCGAUCCAUCUCCUGUGGAGAGAAUGGCGGCAAAGAAUGCUCGCGAGCGACAUGCUACUUUUUAUGAUACGAACCUGCGCCAGGUGGCCCCAGCGUUGUGCUUUGACGCGGCGGUCGAAGAUGGCACGAAUACUCUCUUCGUGACAUCUGAUGACGACCUAGUCCACAAUGAAGAAACUGUGGAUUCUAUCAUGCGGGCAAUACAGGAUGACAGCGACCGGGGUCGAGCGGCGAAACGCCGGCAGUAG